UUUAUCUUCUAUAAAUUUGUUUAAACAAUUCAAUUCUACUUCUAAGCUUCCCUUACUCAUGGCAGAUACCAAUUGAUUUCUCCGAUUGGAAUUUGAAUAAUGUUAAAUAAAGUAGGAUAGUUAUUCGUGGUUUAAUUCUUAGAGGGCUCAAUUCAACAACAGUGAGCAGAUAAGAUGACGCUUAAACCACCAACGAAGAAAGAUUUGACAGCAUUUCCUGCUAAUGAUAACCAUGAAGAGCCAGAUGAAGUAUGGAACAUUAGCGCACCGAAAAAGAAUAGCUUGUUUUGGUCAAUACUGAUUCCUUACUUAAUAAAAUCUGUUGAAAAUGGAACAUUUCGUCAAAACAUCCAAUUACUGAUUGACGAAAAAUUUAAAAAUCUGAGUAAAGAGUUGAAAUUUGAUGUAAUUGAAAAAAGAGUAAAGAAUAUCAAUCCGUUUAAAAACAUUCACACUCUUUAUUCUGAUAAAAAUCUCAUUACGUUAAUGAGAAUGUUGAAAAAGAAACUGAAUCAAAAGGCAGGUAAUUUGUUGAAUAACAGUGAGGGUAAUUAUCGAAAACUCGAGGCUGCUGCUAAUAUGCUAAUGUGUAACAUCGAUCUUUAUGAGGAGGAACCAAACAGGAAAAGUUUAAAAUCGUUUAUUUCCCCUUCUUCAAGUCAAAAGGGUACACGUUUGAAAAUAAUCAUUUUCAGUCAAGUUGAACCAUCAAAUGUAAUUUAUGGAUUCGGAUUAAGUAGAAGUUAUUCUUCGAAUUUACAAACAAAUUCUUUAAAACACAUUUUUAAAACAGCUGGUUUACAGCAGACUGUAAUAUCGGAUAUUAUUAAGCUACUUCCUUGUGAACACUUAUUGAUUACGCUUAUUGAAAGUUCAUUUGGACAUGUUAUUCCUACACUCUUUAAGUCGCCAUACAUAUUAAAGAAGCUUAGUGAUGCUGGUUAUGAGCUAAAUCCUUUGACAACAGAUGUAAAUGGUGUUUCAGCAUUUUAUUACUGUAUACUUUUAAAUGAUUGGAAUCUCUUUCGCGUACUUUAUAAUCAGGCUUCCAGAAAGGAUUAUUUUCAUCAAGAAAAUGCUCCCGAAGACGAUACUUUAAAAAAAUUGACAGCCAUACAUGAAAGAAUUCAUGACGAUUUCCGAUCCAAAGGUUUUUCCAAUACCUCUCAAAGAAUGUAUGAUCUUCUAAUGCGUUUUAAUGAUUAUCAUAUUGAGAUUGAAAGAGAUGUCACUUCUAUAGGGCAUGAUUCAAAAGCACAAGUAAGUGAGAAACUCACCAAAACUAUGUUGUUUAUCAUAGAUAAAUACUCCGAAUAUUUCCACUACAUGAAUGCAAAAACUGGACUUGAUAAGUAUGAAGAUUUCCUCCAAAAUUAUGAAUAUCACAGAAUGGUGGAUGAUUUAACUUGCAUGUGUUUCUUUGAUCAUUUCUUAUCAUUAAAGGUUGAAAUAAAUGAACAAAAUAAAAAUAUCUUCAUUGAAGUACUAGCUGCUUUGUUUCUGUAUUUUUUGAGCAAGUUGAAAUUUGAUAGAGACAUUUUCUUUUCAGAUUUUGUAAAUUACAAGACUGAGACGAAAGCUAAAUAUUUCGUUAUUUUUUGCUAUCGCAUGAGGUGGCAUAAAGCAUUAUCAUCACUGUCUAAAGAACUAAGUAGAGGUCUACCAGAAUUAAAAGAUUCAAACAUAAUUAAAAUUGUCGAAAACUGCUUGUCUGAUUACCCUUUGAUUAAAGAAGAAUUUUCGCUGGCACGCCUCCAGAUGUAUUUAAAAAUAUCGGAAGAAGUUGAUUUUUCAGGCAACGAAAUAAAAUCUGCAUUAGCUGUUUUACGCACGCUGCAAGUCAUCGGAGAAACAUUUUGCAGCUCAAAGAAAGGUUGCAAAAUAACCCCAUUAUUAGAAUACAGCAUACCUAUCAAUGUUGUGAAAGUACUAUGUGAUAUUCGAAAUAAUUGUUUGUCCCAUUUGCAUGCAAGCUUUACUCAAGGCAGAAAAGAACUUGAACAACAAAGUUCGUUUCUGUUAGAAGUCCAAAAAGAAUUAAAAGACGUUGCUAAAGCAUUUGAGCCCAUAUUUGUGAUGCAAAUAUUUCGUGCCAGGGAUUUCAUGAUUACUUAUGGAAUUGAAGAAUCAAAAAAGUACGACAAUGAUUUGUUUAAAAAGCUUAACGACAUGAAAACUGAAAUAUUUGAUUUGAAGCAAGAGCAUUAUGGGAACCAUGAGGACAAAUACAUUGCAAUAUCAAGUACAAUGAUAGACUUGAUACCAGAAAAUAAUCAAAUUAAAUAUGAUCGAUUACAAGUUCAUUGUGAGGGUCUGAAAUAUUUAUUGUCAUUUAUGUUUAAACAUUCGAAUCAUUGUGAUAUUGAUGAUUUUAGUCAAGAAGUUGAAAAAAUUGACAAUCUAUAUUUAGACGGCAAACACGAAAUUUUAUCUAAAGACUCGAUAAAGGAAAUCAUUGAUGUUUUCUCUGAACUUAAGCAGAUGUUUAUUUCAAAAUUUGGAGGAGUACAGAGAAAUUCGACUGAAACACCUUUCCUAAACUUGAAUGCUAUUUUCAAAACCGUAAAAGAGCACGAAAUAUUUUCUCCUUCAGAUCAGGCGAUAAUAAGAAAAAGUUUUUCAGAGUUUUUAGACAAAGCUAAGCAACAAAUUAUUGAUCAUGUAAACGGCACACAAUCAAGCACUGAAUUUGAUGAAUAUUUAAAAUGUGUAAUUAAAGACAAAAAUGUAAGAAAACAGAUUAAACAAAGCAGGAAAAAUGCAGAAGAAGUCUUAAAAAUUUUACAUAAUAAUGCGUGUUCAGUUGAGACCAUAUUAGGUAAAGAAGAAGAAACUUGCUUUAGACUAAUGACUGCUUUGAGUGAUGAUAUAUAUAGAACUGUAAUCCCGAAUCUAUGCCUUACCAAAAGCAUUCAUGAUAAAUUGAAUAACUUAAAAACCCAGAAACUAGAUUUUCUAUUGGGGAGAAUGAAAUAUUUGGAAGAAAUAUUAAUUAACGAUGAUGAUUAUUUAAAGAAAUCAAGAAUUUAUGGAACGAGUUUAGAGUACAGAGAUCAUACGAAGCGACUCCUAAUGCUCCGCUACACUGAGGAAAUGGACACUAAAGCUGCUUUAGAAAUGCUUCUCUUGGACUGUCUUGAGAUCUUGAAGAAAAGAGAUGCGUUUAAGAAUCUAUGGCUUAAAUCUACAGAUCUAUUCUUUGGUAUAAAUAUUCGAGAUACUUUGUCCCAUGGUUGUCCUAUUUUGGAAGUGUCUAACGAUCUGCUUGAUGCUAACAAUUUACCAAUGGAAUUUAUAAACAUUGCUUUAGAACUUAUCGAAGAUCAAAAAGCUUUAAAAGCAUUAUAUGAGAUCUCGCGAAAAACAGGAUUUCAAGGAAAAGAAUUGCAGUUGUUUGUAGAGAACAAUUUAGAUGACAGAUUUCCAGAUCUUAAGAAAACAUUACUACAAAGUGAAACAUGGGAGCGUUAUUUAUUUCUAUUUUCGAACUGAACUACCCUUGUAACUUCUAAAUUUAAAUUAUGCAAAAAUUACUUUUUUUUAAAGAAUAAUAUUUUUAAAUUGUAUUUUGUAUUUGGGGUAAAAAUUAAUUUUUUAAGGAAAAAAUAGCCGAACAAGUGAUUUUACAGUACUUUAACAUUUUAUUUUGUCUAUUGCAUAAUAGAUUUUUAGGCAGCGUGUGUAAAAAGUUCUAAUAUUAAGAAUGUUCUUCGAAAGCUCUUUUACCAUAAAGCUUUUUAGCAGAAAGUAUGCUAUUUUUGUACGUCUUGUGAGUUCGUAACAGUUAUUUAUAACUAUUUUAAAUUUUAUAUAUUUACCUAGCUAAUUUUAUUCAUCAGGGCAGUAUAUAAUGUUUAAAAUUGAAGCAUUGUGCAAGAAAAUCAGACCGAGACUUUUUUCUCAUUAGAAGAAAAAUAGUUUGAAAAACUCCCUUAAACCUUUGAAGCAGAAGUUUUAUUAAGCAUAUUUUUCAUACUUUUUUAAAAUUAUUUUGUAUUAAUUUAGGCAAAAGUAAAUAAAAAUAUAUUUAGCAUUCUAAUAAUCUAUGGGUUUCUAUGCUAUCUUAUAUAAUAAUCUAUGCUAUCUUCCAAACAUGGCUCACCUUUAAAUUUUUUCCUAACAUAGCUCACUGUUUUUUUAUAGUUAAAAAUACAAAAGUAUAUUUUGGUUUGAAAUG